AUGUGUCGCAGUGUUACCGCGGCGCGGCCUCGUCUGGACCCGGGUCCGUCCGGUUCAGCUCGGAUCACCGACACCGCGGUGCCUCGCGCGCAGCAGCAGCUCGGAGAUGAGCAGCACCGGGCUCGAGGGAGUCGGCCAUUUUCCUCACGUGCUCAUUUCACAGACAUGGAGACCACAGUGCUGGCUUUGAUGCUUUGUCUGGUGAUGACUUCUUUUCCAGCGGAGUCUGUCAAAAUUCCCCUGAGUAUGAUGGACAAAUCGGUUGACGACAUGUACGACGACUGCAGUAAGGAAAUGGCUAAAAAGGUGAAGAAUGUAUACUUCCCCAGAGAGAUGAAGAAUAAUACGUUAUUCAAAAGUGCCUGGGAGAAUAAAGAAAAAAAUGCAACUACAGAAUAUGAAAAAAGCCACAAGACACUGACCAAAAAGCAGAUCCAAGCGUUGUUGGUCUACACUGAAGAGGCCCCUAAGGUCUACAAACCCCUUAAUGUAGCGGUUCGAGACAGUGCAGCCAAAUAUGGCACUGAUAAAUUCAAAUACCACGCUUUACACUACUGGCUGACUACUGCUAUACAGAAACUUAAUAGUGCCAAAACAUGCCAGACCACCUACAGGAGAAGCCCCAGAUUGACAUUUACAGGUAAACUCAACCAAGAAAUACGAUUUGGUCAAUUCACCUCCACUUCAUUCAAUCCCAAUCUGAUAAGUUUUGGUACCAUCACUUGCUUUCAAAUUAAGACCUGUUUAGGCGCUUCCAUCAAAGACUAUUCGUCCAUUCCUAAUGAGGACGAGGUGUUAAUUCCUCCCUAUGAGAUGUUCAAAAUCACUCAAAUUGUGGAGGGUAAAGACUAUGGAAAGUUGAAAAACUGUAGAAAGAUCUUUGUUCUGAAGAGCACAGGGAGCCAGAGUUUUGGUAUCAGUUGUGACCACAGCUUGAGUGGAGGAAGAGUGGAGGUGAAUGAGUCUCACCAGCAGAAGGAAGCAGAACUGAACAAGUCACAUCAGCUGGACUGGAAGAUGAAAGAGAUGAUGUGUGAUAGCUCAACACCAACUGAUGAAGCUGAAGUGCUAGAAAUUAUAAUGAGGAUGAAAAGCUAA